UAGAAAGAAAGGGUAAUUGGGAUUUGAAGGAAAAGACGCACACAUCGGAGAUUUUUCCCAAAAAUCGAAAUGGCGAAAGAAAUCGAAACUCUGACAGAAGAUGAAAGACGCGCACUUCGCGGAAGCAAAUUCGCCCCUCUUCCCCGCCCUUCACAUUCCAAUUCCAAACCCAGGUUAGCUCAUCCCGGUGGACCCUUAGCAACGAAUAAAGCAGCAGCUUUGGCAAAGUUUCUGGAGAGGAAGCUGAAGGACCCUAAUGGAUUAACAUCUAUUAACCCUGAUUUCCUUCAACUUGCUGUCAAUAAUGCCAAACAAACUGUCUAUUCAAGUGGUACUUCUAAUUCAGAAAGAAGUAUUCGGCAUGUGGAUUCCUUUGGUGACUCUAAUUCUAAGGAAUCUAGUGAAGAAGAGCAGAAUGAACCGUCUGAUGUAAAGGAACGCAAAAAGAAGAAAAAGAAGAAGAAAGAAAAAAAGAAAAACAAAAAGCGAAAGAAUGUUGAGGACCCUGGCUGUGCUGUGAUGAAAAAGCCUAAACAGAAGUUUAAAUUCUGAUCUGAUUUGGACUAGCUGAUUUUUGAAAUAGAAGAUUGGAACAAAAAGUUUUUUAGCCAGUUUUUUUCCUCACCCAAAUUUGCUAGUUACAACUAACAUUGAGUCGCAGAUGCAAAGUUGUGCUGGAACUUUUGAUUCAAUUGACCUUUCCAAUGAGCUCCAACAUAUACCAUAAUCUUUUUUUUUUUUUUUUUUUUAAAUUUAGUUUCUUUCAUAAUGUGAUGGUGGAGGGAAUCAUCGUGAAUUGUUACUGUGAACACUCAAUUUGGAUCAGAUAAAACACAUUUUUUUC